UCUCAUUUUCUCUAAUUUAUUUUAGAAUGGAUACAGUAUUGCAUUACACAGAUCAAUACGUAUUUGAUUCGGUCUACGCUAAAAUAUGGCCUUCUUAUACGGCAGUAAAUAAUGCUACUGGCGCAAUUGUCUCUUCAUGGCCUCGUGACGAUUUCUGGCGAAUUAACACUUCUGUGUUUGCCAUCACCUGUAUCUUUGGUUGGGCUCUUUACUUGAUUACUGCUACUCUUUCCUAUUAUAUUGUAUUCGAUCAUGAUUACAUGAAGCAUCCCAAAUUCCUUAAAAAUCAAGUUCGUAUGGAAAUUGAAUGUGCUCUCAGUGCUAUUCCUUGGAUGACCCUCCUCACACUUCCUUUGUUUACUGGUGAAGUCUUGGGUAAGUCCAUGUUAUAUGGCGGCAUGCCCCAAACUGUAGGUGAUUGGGUGUACUUGGUGGCAUCUGUGCCUGCAUUCUUGUUAUUUACUGAUUGUGGCAUUUACUGGUUCCAUCGCUGGAUGCAUCAUCCCAAAGUAUACAAGUACCUUCACAAGCUUCACCACAAGUGGGUUAUUCCUACCCCUUUUGCCUCUCAUGCUUUCAACCCCUGUGACGGAUUUAUUCAAUCUCUUCCCUACCAUAUUUACGCUUAUAUGGUUCCUAUGCACAAGUACUUAUACCUUGGCAUGUUUUCCUUUGUCAACUUUUGGACUGUCAUGAUUCACGAUGGUGAAUUCAUUUCUCAUUCAUCCAUUAUUAAUACCAGUGCUCACCAUUUCGUGCAUCAUGUUUACUUCAACUACAAUUACGGUCAAUAUUUCACUUUAUGGGACAUUCUCGGUAAUUCUCAUCGUCAACCUAACAAUGAACAAUACGACAAAGAACUUCGUGAUGAUCAUAAAACAAUGGCACGUCAAGCUCAUGAUGUAAACAAGAUUGAGGGUGCUCUUAAUAAGACCAAGACACUUUAAACCUUUUUUAUUUUUAUAUUAUUAUUACCUUACCUAAUUUAUAGGGUUACCUGGAGCUACCCUAAAAUCAAAUAAUCAUACUCCCCCACCUCUCGCAUCUUCUUUACAUAUUACUUUUUUUAUAUACUCUGUCCCCUUUUAAAAUAGAUAAGCUUUUUUUUUUUUCAUUUAAUAAAACUUUAAUGUCG